CGCCGUCACUUCCGGUCCAUCUCACGGGAAUGGAGAAACAGAAACUUGCGGCUGGAAGUUUAGAAAAUUCCCGAAGCAGAAGUGUGUUUCAUGUAAAGUGUAAAUCUAACAAGUCCGCUAUAUCUCGGACCCUAAAUAACGAUACAUUAAAACGUUAAAUCAUUAUGUCCUAAAGCACCAAUUACAGAUUCUGUUCCGUAACAAAUGGAACGUUUCCACCCCUGACUGUGAAACUGAUCUGAGAUCAGCAUCUGAAAGACUGAAUGGAAACACACUCCCAUGACAGCAAGGAAACUGACGCCGUAGACUCGGUUCUUACAACACAUAAACCUCAACACGACCGUCCACAAUGUUUUAUGCCCAUAGUGUUGUAUUAUACGCCUUACUAAGUAUUUGUUCCUCAAAUGAGAGUAAAAUAAAAAACGCACAGAAACCGGUGCGUCUGUUCACAGAGGAGGAGUUGCAAAGAUACGAUGGGACCGAGGACGGACAACCAAUUUACAUGGCCAUUAAAGGUGUAGUGUUUGAUGUCACAACUGGAAAAGAGUUUUACGGAAAGGGAGCGCCUUAUAAUGCCCUUGUGGGCAAAGACUCAACCAGAGCUGUGGCCAAAAUGUCCCUUGAGCCAGCAGAUCUCACAUAUGACACUACGGGCCUCACUGAGAGUCAACUACAGUCUCUUGAGCAGAUAUUCAAAGGCACAUACAAAGCAAAGUACCCCAUCGUGGGAUACACCAGCAGACGUGUUCUCAAUGAGGACGGCAGCCCCAAUAUAGACUUCAAACCUGAAGACCAACCGAAUUUCACCAUUAAGGAUGAAUUUUAAUGAUUCUUAUAAUAAAGCUAUCCAGAAGUCCAAUCAAAGUCUGAAUCAUAGUUGUUUGUGACCUUUGACUGUACUAUAAGUGGGCAUGUGUAAAUUUGAGGUUGUCUGGUGGUCUUUUAGCCUACAAUCAUAGAAAACGUAUGAUGCAUACUGUCCCACGUGGGUUUUUCCCUGGUGGGCUGCUUUGAAUGUCAUUCAAAUUAGGCCACCUACAGGUGUGAUUAAAAAAAAAAAAAAAAAUAGGUUAGGUUGUUUGGCAUUUUUACAUGUAUUAAAUGAUGAUAAAUAUUGAUUUUAAAUGUAUAAGCUGUGUGAGAAGUAUCUGUAAUUGUAAACACACAUUAAAUCUCUUGGUUUCUUUCACUGUACACAAGGGG